AUGCCGAGAGCCCGGCGCGUCUUUGUGUAAAUGUAGCGAACAGACGUACAUUAUCUAGUUUCACUUGAACUAAUAAUGCUGGAUGGUCGCUCUGAUGAGAUUUACCAAAGACAUAUGCCGAUUAUUGGGAAUAAUAAACGAAGCAGCGCCAUAGUUGUCUGAUGUUAUUCAGAGGCCUGUGGCUUGCCUCUGCACCAUCAUCAGUGUGUGACGAGCAUCUCGCUUUCCCAGAAGGCCCUGGUGAGCAGCAACAGGAGGAGAUGGAGUGUGGGGGUCGGGUCCAUGCUCAGAGUUCCCAAGAUGCUUUGCUCUCUCAGGAUAUCCUGAGUGGGGAAGAGGGGCUUAGUGAGGAGGAGAGGGCCAGACGGAGGGCGGAGAGACGUAGAGCCAAGAGGAAGCGUCAGAGAGAGAGGAAGAAGCUGGAGAGAGUUGAAAAGAAUGAGAGCCCUGAGGAGGACCUUGAGGACAAAGAGGACCAUGUAGAGCUGGAGAGCGAGGAGAGUGAGAAUGAGGAGGAAGGGGAGGAGGAGGAGGAGAUGGAGGGGUCGGUCACUGUCACAUACUGCAAAGACAGGCCUGUCCCCCCACUCGCUGCUGUGGGCAACCGGAGCAACCAGCAGGCCCGGCUGAGCUCCUGUGAGGAGGAGCCAGAGUGGGAUGUCAGCAGUGCCUUCGUUGCGAAUGCCGCCAGCCACCUCCGACCCAAGGGCAGAUCUAAACCGGGCGCGGUGUCCAAGGAGAACAAGGAGAAUGAGGCCAGAACUGGGGAGGAGACGGCGGCGGAUGCAGUGACCAAAAAGAGCGCCUCGCUUACAGAGAAGGGAAUCCGGUUGGUGCAGAAGGGGCAGUACUCCGAUGCCAUCAGCAAGUUUACAGAGGCAAUCCACUACAACCCCAAUGAUUACAGGUUUUUUGGAAACCGCUCCUACUGUUAUGCGUGCCUGGAUCAGUACACCAUGGCACUGUCUGAUGCGGAGCGGUCCAUCCAGCUGGCCCCCAGUUGGCCCAAAGGCUAUUUUCGCAAAGGGAGUGCUCUUAUGGGGUUGAAGCGGUACCGUGAAGCAGAGAAGGCCAUGGAGCAGGUUCUAAGGCUGGAUAAGGACUGUGAGGAGGCGCGGAAUGAUCUCUUCAACUGCGGAGUCCUGCAGCUCAUGGAGCUGGGUUUUGAAGAGCCACAGAGUCUGUUGCUGCUGGAGAAGUUUGCCACGGUGAAGGCUGUGCUGAGCUCCCUCGAGGCAGCCAAAGGGGAAGACCUUGACCCUUUGCUGGACCAAUCAGGGACUCCCUGUCCAUCUCUGUGGGUAGGAAAUGUCACCGUGGACCUUACAGAGAAGCAACUACGAGACCUCUUCAAAACGUGUGGGGAGAUUGACAGCAUUCGCGUCCUACACGAGCGCUUCUGUGCCUUCGUCAACUUCAAGAACGCCAACAUGGCUGCUCGUGCCCUGGAAACACUACAGGGAAAGGAGAUUGAAAACACCAGGCUGGUGAUUCGCUACCCAGACCGUCGCCCGCAGAGAGCCCCGCCUUCCCCACUGAAGACCGCCCCUUGUAUUGCCCCCCUAAUUUCGCAACAGACUGCCGCUGUUGGUGCUGGGCCCAGAAGACGGGGUCCCAUCAAUGGGAACGAGUGCUACUUCUGGAGGACCACGGGCUGCCAUUUUGGGGACAAGUGUCGCUACAAACACAUUCCAGAGCAGCAAGGCCGAGACCGGAAACCAUGGCAACCUUGAGCAGUCUGGAGCCUUGUCGUGCGAAUAGGACCGGAGAAUAACAGACUGAGAGACUGAGAGGCUGGGUCCUGCUGAACAAGGGGGGAGGGUGGGGAGGGGCGGGGGGUUUACAGGAGCUGGCCUUGGAAAAGCCAGUCUGGAAAAGUCCCAGUGACAAUGGCUUGUCACUUACAAGUGCCUUAAUGUCCCCAGUUGUUGCUGUUUUGUGUAUAUUUGUGUGUGUGCACGUGUAUGUGUGAUUAUGUGUUUAUCUGUAUGAGUUGCGAGCAGAUGCAGGCCUGUUUCAUGCCACAGCCAGCCACAUUGUUGGAAUAAGAAAGAAACGGUGCUGGCAGUUGAGUCCAUGUUUAAAGGCUCCAGUUUUGCUCUCGGCUGAUGUUUUUAGUAUUACCGUUAACCCCCUCAACCUUUUUUUCUGUGCCAGUGCCAAAACUAAGCCGAAAUAGAAUAUGGAUGUGAAUUCCGCAAGUGUUCCUUCCUACACCUGCCCACACGGGGGUGCUGUUGCCUUAAGUGUGAGCCCUCUUGUGAGCCCUUCACCUCAAGAACAAACUCCCAGAAAUGGUCUCCCAAGUGGAAGUGAAAGGCAGUCGUACUGAUGUUUUGCACCACCGGCUGUGUUCACACAUGUAUUGCUGGUAUACUGUUUCAGUGUUUUAUUUUACAAAGAUUAACUUAUAUUGUUUUAUUGUGUAAGAAGAAGAGAUGGGAAGCUCUCCCGUGUUUCUCUCUUCCGGGCCUGGCUGGAGGCGUUCGUUUAGCCAAGGCAUUUUGCUGUCUGGUUCAGCCAGCAUUGCUCAGAACAUGGCUAUUUUAGCCGCCCAGUUUUGAGCGCGCUGGAUGUUAAAGUGGAAACCCCUCUGCUCUACAGGGCGGGGGUUGAGAUGUCCGGUUAUAGGGCCCUCUGUAAUUGAACAUACAUGUGACACUCUUGCUGUGAGAGGCUCACCUUUUGGACAUUUCUUCCUGUUUAUAGUCCCUGAAAGGGGGAGUCCUGUUUGCCUAACAUGCCAACUUGUGUCAUGCAUGGUAAUAUUCAUGCCGAGCCACAAUUAAACCACGCUAGGUUAGGUAUGGUUUUGUUACGUGGCAUGUUUGAUAUUUCUGGACAUGGGUAUUAAGGAGCGCGCAUGCUAUGCUGUUUCAGCUUCUGAAAUUCACAUUGAAUGAUUUGGGACAGGGCUGUCCAACCCUCCUCCUGGAGAUCUAUCGGGUUUUCAUUUAAACUCUAAUUCCACUAAUAUGCAGCUCAACAAGAUCUCUAGCCCUUGAAUGAGGUGUGCUUUGUUAGGAUUGAAUAAAAACCUUCUGGAUGGUAGGUCACCAGGAACAGCAUUAGGAAGCCCUGCUUUAGGAGCAGGUAUAUUGGAGUAGUUAACUGAAAUGGAGAAAGGUUCACAAAUGUAGUGUUUUUCAUGGUGCCCGGGUUUCUUAUACCAAACCUGGAAGAGGGAACGGUACAUUGUUUCUUCCCUUUAUGUAGUGAUGGCACUUUAAAAUAUAUUUUUCUUUCAGUUGACCCUUUUUGCAGAGGGAAGACCUCUGGCUAUGGUACACCUUCCCCCCCACUAGGUGGCAGACUUUUAAAAGUAAUAUGUCAUGUAGCAGGGAAAGCAGUCAACACUAAGCCUCUUGCCUCAGAUGGGAAUCCAUCUACCAAGACGCUAUGCUUUUCGUGACUUGAAUUGCGCUUGUGGGCUCAGAUAAUUCACCUCCCAAGUCCGUAAAAAUGUUUUUGUAUUUGCGUUCAUACAACAAGUAACUCUUUAAUUAUGAAAAUGUAUAAUCAAACUCUGUCUGUUUUAGCUUCGUUUUUUUAAAUUCAAAGGCAAUAUCAAACUCCCUGAGUCAGUCAGUGUCCCGCGCCGACCUGUCGGUGUAGUUUUCCUGGACAAAUUCCGCUUGGUCAUUCUUCUCAGGAAGGGUGCAUACCACUCCCUGCAGUGGCGCCUGGACCGAAGGUUCAGCCACUCUUCUUUGAACCGAAGGUCGCCACUCAGGAAAAUGGUCAACGUGUGGCUGACGCUGUUUAUGUGAAUGCGGUAGCCAUUAUGGGACCAUCCGCUGAGGCUGGUGUCAAAGCCAGGACUCACCGCUGGUCAUACUCCCACCUACUGUGGUCUGGGAUGAGCAGAUGAUGGUGCAUCGGAUUUUGCGGGAAGUCAGCAGGAAGGCCGGACGGCAUGGCUGUAAUCUGGCCUUGAUGGAGCUUCAACACCCAGAAGUUCCAAAUCUUGGAUAGUGAGCUACUACUAUGCGUGUAGCAUUACCAAGUUGUGCCGGUCUCCUAAGAGACCUCCUGUAUGUAAUGGCAUUGAUACGACUGAAUGGCAUGUAUGCACAUCUCGCUUGCUUUUUGCGCUAGCUGAAUCUUGCCCAUAGCCUAUAGUUAAGGUCAGCGUAUGAUACCUCUACCCGUUCACCUUUUAAUGCAUGUAAAAACACAUUGAAAUGAAUGCCUUAACACUUAAAUAAGAAAGUUUUAGAUUCUUUAAAAUGUAUUGUUUGCUACCACUUUUCUCUGGAGUCACCGGCUAUAUAAAAGCUUUAUUUUA